GCUAAAACAGGCUCCCAUAGAAUACAGUGAAUCUUCUGGCACCCUCCCAUUCCAUACAACCCAAAGCAAGCAAGUCACAUGCUCAUCUCUGAAACUGAAACUAAACAGACUUUGUUUGCACAGUGAAAUGGCGGAGGCUGCUCUCGCGCUCUGCUGUCCAGUCUGUCUGGAUGUUCCCAGGAAUCCUGUGACCAUUCCCUGUGGACACAGUUACUGUAUGAGUUGUAUCACAGGCUGCUGGGAUCAGGAGGAUCAGAUGAGAGUCUACAGCUGCCCUCAGUGCAGACAGACCUUCAGUCCCAGACCUGCUCUCAGAAAAAACACCAUGCUAGCGGAUCUGGCAGAGAAACUAAGGAUCGAGGUGCCCGAGGCCUCUCUCUGUUACGCUGAGCUCGAUGAUGUGCCGUGUGAUGUCUGCACAGGGAGAAAAUGCAAAGCUGUGAAAUCAUGCUUGGUGUGUUUGGUGUCCUUUUGCGAGCUCCACCUGAAGCCGCACCGGGUGUCUUCAGCAUAUGAGGGCCAUAAAUUAGUCACGGCGUCUCGUAAGAUCAAGGCGAUGAUUUGUUCUACUCAUAAGAAGCCGCUGGAGGUUUACUGUCAGACAGAUAAACGGUUUGUGUGUUUGAUUUGUGUUCUGACGGAACACAGAGAUCACGACAUUGUGUCAGCUUCCACUGAAAGACAAUCUAAACAGAUAGAGAUUGAAGAGAUGCAAAGGAACACAGCAAAGAGAAUUCAGAGAAGAGAGAGUGAAUUAACCAAACUCACAACAUUAGCAGAGACAAUCAGGAGCUCUGCCCAGGAAGCAGUGGACGACAUGGAGAAAGUCUGUACUGAGCUGACAGACUCCAUUAAGGCCCAAAGCAGUGAGAUCAUCCGUCUGAUCAGAGCUCAGGAGGAGACGGCCAUCGGUCAGUCUGAGACCGUUCGAGAGCAGCUACAGCAGGACAUUACUGAGCUCCAGCAGCGAGAUGAAGACCUUCAGCUGCUUUUACUUUCUGAAGAUGACUUGCUGUUCCUCCAGAGUAUUAGGUCUCUGUCAAAUCCUCCAAUGUUUGAAAAUUCACCCAGAGUUCAUUUGAGUCGUCGAGGCUUAUUCGAAAAUGUAAGGAAAUCAAUCUCUGAGAGAAAUGACAGAAUAAUGGAUUUACUCAAGGAGAGCCACAUACGGUUAUCUGAGAAAGUUCAAAAAGUUCAGAUUGUCCUGCCUCUCCACCCCAAGAACCGAGAAGAUUUUUUGCCAUAUUCCUAUACCAUGACACCGGACCUCAAUACAGCUCAUAACAAUCUCCAUUUUUCGGAAGGAAACACCAAAAUGACGUGGGGUACAGUACAGUCGAAUCCGGAUCACCCAGAGAGAUUUGAUAGAUGGUGGCAGGUCUUAAAUACAGAGGGUUUGACCGGCUGCUGGUACUGGGAGGUGGAGUGGAGCGGCAAGGUUGUCAUAGCAGUUUCAUACAAGAGCAUUAACACUAAAGGUCCUGGAAACGAAUGUGGAUUUGGACACAACGAUCAGUCCUGGUGUUUGUGCUGCUCAUCUUCUCACUACUCGUUUAGGCAUGGUAAUGUUGAGACGAAGCUACUCAAAAUUCCCAGCUCAUCUCGAGUAGGAGUGUAUGUGGAUCACAGUGCAGGAACUGUGUCCUUCUACAGCGUCUCCGACACCAUGAGCCUCAUCCACACACUCCAGACCACAUUCACUCAGCCGCUCUAUCCGGGGUUUGGUUUCAGACUCGGGUUUUUAGGCUCCAUUCAAAUCUCUCCCACAGCUUUCAGUUUAAAGUAGCAUUUAUAUAUUAUACAUUACAUUUAUUCAUUUCGCAGAUGCUUUUAUCCAAAGCGACUUACAAUUGGGGAAUACAUCAAGCGAUUCAAGCUUCAAGCAUUGUUCAAACAAGUACAAGCUAGACUGGGAAAGAUUAAAGAAAAGAGGAAACAAA